AUGAUUGAAAUGCUUUCACAGUAUUCUAAUAAUACAAUAUUCAUAAAAGAUGGACUUUUUAUCAUAUGAGUAACUUAUUUUUAUAUCGAUGUUAUCAAAGAUAGAAGACUAGGAAUGGUAAAGCUUGCUCAAAUUAAAAAUUUUCGUCCAAAUUUUGAAGCUUGUAUCCAAAAAUUAAGAAUCUCAAAAGAAUUUCAUGAAAGGGGAUUUGAGGUUCUAAAGGAUAUUGAAUAUUUACAAUAUUUGGAAAGACUCAGCAAAGUAAAGAAAAAAGAUAAGCAGCUUUGCAAUUCUUUGCUUGAUCUUUAUAUUGAAAUUAAUAAAAAAAAUACACACAUAUACAAGCUCCGAAAUUCUGUCCAAGAAAUAUAUAGUUUAAUUAGGGAAACAAAAAGAUUAUAUGGAUUACUUACAGUUAAUAAUAAUAAACAUCCUGAACCUUUCGAUUUAUAUGGAAAUUUAUUAAUUAACAUUUUGAAAGAAUCAAGUGAAGGAAACGCUUUGCUUAAGAAAAAGCAUAGCAUUAAAGAAGAUUUAUCUGAUGAUCAAGAACAUUUAGAAGAAUGCAGAGAAAAUGUUGGGGUUAUUUUUCUGUCUACAGAAAAUGGAGCAUUUGGAAAAAUUGAUUUUAUAAAUACAAAGGCUUCUAAUAUUCUCAAAUUACCAGUGCUUGAGGCAAUAGGCAAAAAUUUCAGCGAUUUUAUUCCUUUCCCUUAUUCUCUGAAUCAUAAUGAAAAAAUGAAGGACUUUCUGAUGCUUGGCGAUAGAACAACCAUAGAAAAGCCUCACUCUUUAAUUUUGCAAGACAGCCUUGGGUAUAUUUUUGAAUGCAAUAUUUUGGUUAAGCUGACAGCAUUUAAAGACAAAGCUUAUUUCUUGGUUUCUUUUUCUCCUAUUUCUUCUAUUAGACAAGCUAUUUUAUUAUCUGAAGAAGGAGAAAUCUAUAGUCAUUCAAGCGAAUUAUCCUCUUUAUUAGGCUUACCACAGCAAAACAUGGCUAAUAUGUAUUUGCAUAAUAUCAUAGAUGGAUUUGAGCUAUCAAAUAUGGAACUAUAUAAUCCAGUUGCUAUUCAGCACAACUAUCUUGAUUUAAAAUUUGUUCAUAUCAUUAAACGGAUAAAAUUUACUGAAAUUCACUUAAUUUUAGUCAUUUCAGAUGCCAAUGAACAAGAAAUGUGAAAAAAUAAAAAGUCAGAUGAGCAGUUAAACCUUAACAAAAAUAAUUUAGCAAAUUGCUCAAUUAAUUUAAGAAAUUCAUUUGAGUGUAAAGAACAAGAUUUAUUCAGCAAAAACAGCUAUAAAUCAGCUGAAGAAAAAAUCCAGCUUUCUAUAUCGGCUAGUCAAAUCAGUAAAUCUGGUUCAUCAGAGCGUAAUCUUCAUAUAGAAAUUGCAUACCAAAAAAAUAAAAAUACACUUCUCGCAAUUCAAAAAUUUCAAUGAAUUUUUCUUUUAACUGUAAUUAUUAUGCAGGUCUUAGCUUUAAUUGCUACAAAUAUCGGAAUUUUAGUAUAUAUAGUUGAAAAUGUUAAUGACAUAGACUUAUCAGCAGUUUUUUCAAAUUUAGGCAAUAUUGAGUAUGCUAUGAUUUCAUCUUCUAACUUAGCUUAUUUAAUUAAUUAUGACAUUUCAGAAGAAAAAGCUGCGUAUCUUAGUCGGGAUUUAAGAUUUUUAUAUUGAACAAACGAGCAAAUAAUUUUAGCAAGAUCUGAAUUAAUUGAAACACUUCCCAAAUGAACAAAUUGUGACUGUUCUAAUAUCGCUACUGAAAAUAUUGUGCCAAUAUGGGAGCCCAAUUCAGAGGCAAAAAUAAGAAAAUUCAAUUUAUAUGAUGUUUUGUCUAUGUUUAUUGAUUAUGUAAGCUUUAUCUAGGGACAGAAAUUAAUUGAUGAUGCAAAAAGAGAGGAACCACAUGAAAAUGAUGCCAACUGACUAAUAAUAAAUGGUGCUAGCUUUGCUAUUAAUUAUGUUCAUAAAGCAUCAAUAGAUUUGUUAAAGUGUGAAAAAAAUUCAAAAAGUGUUGAAAAUUCAGUUAUUAAUGGCUUAUUUACGAUUGGAAUUUUGGUCUGCGGAAUAUGCUUACUAAUACUUAUUAUCUUUGUGCAUUUUUUAAGACUUGCAUAUGAAGAAUUCUGAUUAAAUUUAAAAAAAGCAGUUAGUACUAAUUUUGAAUAUUUGGAAAAAAGGAUUACUGAAAGACUAUUAACUGUUCAUGGCAAAGAACCAGCACUAUAUGCUUCUUCUAAUCAUAAAACAGCAAAACUAUCGAAUUAUUAUAUAAAAACUACACUUGCUAAAAGAAUUGUUUUUAGGCUAAGCUUGAUUAUAAUAAUUUCUUUAUCCUUUUAUAUGGCAAUGAUAUUUGCUUUAUACAAAGAUUGCCAAGAAUCAAUGUUGGAUAGGUCAAGAUUAUUACAAAAUUUUAAAUUUCGAAGUAUUUCUAUAUCAAGAUUAACCCGCUUUAUUAAGGAAAUAAAUGAUAAUAUGCUCAUAGAAUAUUUCCCGGAAACUUAUGAUUUCAAAAAUACUUAUGCAGAAUUUUACAAGAUUAUUGAUAACUAUAAUUCUCAAUACUUAGAUUUACUUUCCGAUAAAUGAGGAUAUUUAUUAUCAAAGGAGAUUAAAUCAAAUCUUUUUGAAUCUACAAAUUCUACUUCUAAUAUAAUGAAAUAUGGAAUUAUUUCUGCUUCUUGGUCGAUUGUGCAUGAUGCUAUGCUUUUAACAGAAGAUUAUUCUGAGUUAGAAUAUUCUAAAUACUUUAUGAAUGCUCUUACAUUAGCAUCAAGUUUAAUAUCAAAUUUUAAUUCAGCAGACAAAAUCUCGAAAGCUUAUAUUGAUGAUCAGCUGAGUUUAAUGUCAAAUCUUACUUUUAUUUUUUCAGUUGUGUUGGCGGUUUUAAGCUUAUUUUACUAUUUACCAUAUUUAAAAGAAGAAAAAACAUUUGUUGAAAAGACCUGCCUUUUACUCGAAAUUAUUAUAAACUCUAAAGAAAUAAUAAACUAA